AUGCCGCCCGUUGCGGCCUUGAAGCCUCACGUCACGUACCCCCGCGUGCCUGCCCUUGGUGACAACGGGGUUUGCAUGGCUGGCGGCAUCGUCACCGACGAAGCAGAGGCCAGCAUUGUGGCGAAGACCGAGGAGUUGAAGAGCAAGGAUGGCGGCAUUGAAACACUGGAAACUGUCGUUGGGGAGAUGUCGCAGAACAUUGCUACUCUGCAGAGUGAGAUAGCUUCCCUCCAGUCGAAGAGAUCUGCAGCUGCAGAGGAGCAGGCAGGCAAGGCCAAGGCCCGGGCUAUUGAGCUUCAGAACCAGAUUGAGAAGCUCAAGAAUGACAUUGCUGCACAAAACAACAAAAAGGCAACUAUGGAGGCCAGGGCUAGCGAUGCGGAGAAGAAAGUGCAGGAGCUGAAUGCUAAGCUGGAGAGACUGCAAAAGACAAGUGCUGAGCAAAAGCGUAGGGUCCAGAAGACCCAACAUGCUCUUAAAGUUGCAGAGGAGGAGCUGAUGAGGGUGCAGUUAGAAACAACAACGAAAUCUGAGCAGCUCGGAGAGGUUCAUGGGGCAUGGUUGCCACCUUGGUUAGCGACACAUGCAGCUCGCUCAAUGGAGUUAAUGUCAAGUCAAUGGAACGAACAUGGGAAACCCGCUUUCAACAGUUUGCUGCAGAAGGCAUCAGAAAAAUCAGUGCAGGUGAAGGAAUGGGCCAAGCCUCACAUUCACACUGCCAAGACGAAAUGGAUUCCUGUUAUUAAAGAGAAGUGGGCCAUUGCAAAGACAAACACGGAACCUUAUAUGCAAAUGGUCUCAGCAAAAUCAGUAGAGGUUUAUCAAGCAUCAAGAGAUGCCAUCUCACCUCAUGUUCUGAAGGCACAUCAAUUUGCUAAUCCCUAUUUCCAGGAGGCCAAGAAGCUAUCCAAACCCUACAUUGAUCAAGUUGCUAAGGCCAGUAAACCACAUGUCAAGAAACUUGAAACCACCCUGAAGCCUUACUCUAAAAAGUUUCUUGAGACGGCUACUUUAUAUCAUGAGCAGUUUGGAGUGCAGGAGAUCACGCCCGCCACUACCGAUGCUUUGAACUCAUGGUUGCUCACAGCAGCAGCUGGAACACGGGCAAAUUCCAAGGGCAUUAGCUUGCUGAUAGCUAAUCGCACUGCUGGCGAAUCUGGAAUAUCAGAUAUGACAGCGUUUUCAAUAGCUCGAGGCCAGUUUGAACCUGUGGUUGAUGGGAUCAUGCCAGAAGUCAAGCUUUGGAAGGUGGCAGGAGCAAAAGCCCUUCGAAGCUGA